GUCUGCCUACCCUCCCCCCUACCUCCCCUACGUGCAGUGUGGUGUGGUACAGAGUACCUUUCUUUUUACCUGCCUAUACUAGAAUACCGUCCUGCCUCGACCUCCCGUCGCAACCUCGUCCUCGAACUUCUUCCUCCGUUGGUCAUCUAUACCGGCAUAGUUCCUCACCUUCUUCCCCCCCCCUUCCUCCUCCUCUUCUCCAGGCUUCGUCGUCAACCGAGCCGUCUAAUGAAGCCUGUGUAUUGAGUUGACUCGUUGAAUUCCUCUUGUCUUUUCGACCUCGUGUGAUUUCCUCGGCCAAUCCCUCUGCCCCGCGCACCAGCACCCGAACCCUCGUCGCAUUUCCUUCCUCUUCUCGAUCUUAUCGGCCAGCCCACGAGCACUCCCGCGACACCUCGCCCAAGGUCUCGUGUGCAGUUCUUGUCGGUUCCGUCACCAGCACUCGGGUGGCCCCACGAGCAGGAAACGAACAGACGCUUGGAGCUCUGGUGCCCCGUUCGGAAUUAGACCUUGGAGACCAACGACAGGAAAGAGACACGACUCUCCUUUUUGCUGCAGCACCAGCUCGCGCCGCUGCCAAGUUUCACUUCUUGACCCCACAACUGCGUCCCCUUCCAGCCUACGAGCAACUUUUUCUCCGUUCGAGCACUUGACUCGACAAGACCCGGCAGCUGCUGCGACUGCACCUCUUGCCCGGAUUUGUCUUCGCCUGCAGCCAGCCAGCCUGUCGACCCUUUCGUAAUCCUUCGCCCUUCUGCAAUACCUGUACCACACCGCCUCGCCCUGCGAUUUUCUGCUCGUCACACGCCUCGGGCCACAGCUUCAACCAGCCUCAGUCCUGCCAACCUUCCUUGCGGCAACACGUCUCUCGCUCUCUCUUCACCCUCUCCCCCCUCUCGACUCUCCGGAUCCUCGAUUGGGUCCUUGAUUGAGAGUGCGGCAGCAGCGAUCCGGCCGUCUCCUGCAUUGGCGCCGCUACCUGUCAAGCUUCUCGCGAGCUGAGUUGCCUGGCUGUCGAGAGUCCCAGCAGCUCCAGCAUCCGGGUUGAGACUGAGGUCGCUUGGGCCAUCGGGGAUCUGUGAUCUUGGACGAGUGCAGUGGUGCUGUCGUCAUUGUCCACGACUCGAGUUACCCACUUCGGUCGACCGAGAGCUGCGGGCACAUUUGUCGUGCUGUGCGGUCCAGCCAUCGUCAUCCGACAUCUCCAUCCGAGACUUUUCCGCACACCCCGCGGCACAUACAGCUUUCCUAAUAUCAGCUUCCAACCGGCGGAGCCUUAUUAACACAGCUUACGAACGAACGAACACCCGUCUGAUGAGGUUCGGAUUGAUUUUAAUCCAUAAUGUCGACUUCUAGACCAGAGCACUUGACAAUUGGCAAGUUUGCGCCACCGCCUGGCCUCGGCCAGUCUCUGUCAAACCCCGCCAGCGCCAGCACCUCCCCCAACGAGCCCACGUCCGGCGGGAGUGCGCCAAUUCGCUCGCCUUUUGGCCUGCCAACUACAUCAGGGCUUAAUCCGGGAGCAAAAAUGACCUCGGCCACGCGAUCGGGGGCCGGCUCUCCUUCGCACGAUCCGCUCGCCGCUCCUGGCAGCGGACGGUUCCUAUCCAGCAAGAGGGCACGCGAAAUCCAAGCUCAGGAGGGUGUGACCAGCCUGCCCCUCAACCCCUGGGGAGGGCCGCCGACCAGCGGGAACUCGACCCCUCUCCGCGAGAACAUCCCAGAAUCGCCCACGGAUGGCUUCCCCGACUUUUCACAGCUUUCUUCCCAAGAUUCUCCCAUCUCAACACGCCGUGCACGCGCAGGCACCUUGCCCUCUCGACUGUCUACCACGGGCCCCGCCAAUGGUCUGCUCAGCAUCCCAGCGUUGGCAUUCAAGACCUCGAGGCCCUCGCCAUCGCACAGUCCUUUCAAGUCGCCCUCGCCUGGCCUAGAGUCAACUGAGCCCUCGAGCAACCCAUCGGCAUUGCUAUCCCGCCUCCGAGCGGGUUCCAUGCCACAGCGCAGCCCGUUCGCCCCACACCCGUCUGGAGCCAGCUCACCGUUUGGCCCGAAUAUCUUCAGCAGCAGCUGGAACGCAGUCGGUCGCGAGAGGGGCUCGACGUUGGCCAGCAUAGCUAGCGUCUCAACCAAUGGGCCGAGCUCCCCUACGCAGUCACAGAUCUCGAGAGAAGGAGGCGUGGAGAACGACGUUCCUGCGAGGACUUUGGAUUAUCUUGGUCUGAUGGGCACCCCGCAGCCGCAGCCUUCACAGAUGGACCCCCCUUACCUUCAAACAAUGAUGCCCGACUUUGCCAGACAGGCCAGUGCGAGCCGUUUCCGAUCCUAUUCGGUGAACAACAAGGACACGUACGAGGACGAAUAUGACAACGACGAGGAAGAUGACUACCAGCAAGACACUCUCGAGAGCCAGUACGAGCUGAUCCAACAAAGACUCGCCGCAACUCAAGCCGCAAUUCGUGACCAUAACCUAGCUGUCCAGGCGUACGCCAACCAGGCGGCCAUCAGCCGACCUCGUGCAAGAACAGCUGGCGUCUUGGACACGCCCAACACCUCCCGACUUCUCCGUAACUACUACCCUACACCCUCCCGGCUUGACAGCUCUAUCACUGCUGCGGAGCUUGGGUUGGCUGACGACAAGGCGUCAAAUGCCGAUGAGCUCACGCCGGCUAUCGCGGGGAUGAAUCUUGGUCGGUCGAGCAGCCGAAACAACGGCCUUCUGACCGCCGACGAGCCGGAACUGGGUCCCACCAGCGCCCUCUGGCUGGGCAGCAUUCCGACAUCAACCACGACCACGACGUUGACCGAGAUGUUCAAGCAAUUCGGUCCUAUUAUCUUCACACGAGUUCUGACGCAUAAGAAUUGCGGAUUCGUCAACUUCGAGAGGAUCGACAGUGCCAUGGCUGCUAAGAACUCCUUGAAUGGCAAAGAGAUUUUCCCCGGUGCCGGUCCCGUUCGGAUCAACUUUGCGAAGCCACCUUCUGCAUCGAACACGCCAGGACACGACGGCACCCAGCCCUCUCCAAGCCCGAUCCCAUUCACGCAGGGACAGAACGGCACCCAAACUCCUACCGCGGUUGGGAUUGAUGCUGCCGGACCGGGGACACCGUCAGUGCCGCCACUGUCGGAGAUGACAGCGGAUAUUCUGAAUAUCGUCAAAGACUUUGGCGCCAACGAAGAGGACGUCGCUCGCAUCGGCGUCAAUCUGCAGGAGGCCAUCACUUAUGGUAAGCUCGCCGAGGAAAUCCCACCGAUCGGGGAGCCCACGCACACCAGACUCUACGAUGCACCCAAGCUCCGCGACAUUCGCAAGCGGAUCGACAAUGCUGCCCUGUCGCAAGCUGACAUCGAGAGCAUUGCACGCGACAUGUUGCCCGAGAUCGCAGAGCUGUCAUCCGAUUACCUUGGCAACACUGUCGUGCAGAAGCUCUUUGAGCAGUGCUCCGACCCGACACGUGAUGCCAUGUUGGAGUACAUCGCGCCGCACCUGGCAGAAAUCGGCGUGCACAAGAACGGCACCUGGGCCGCUCAAAAGAUCAUCGGCGUCUGCAAGACCGAACACCAGAUGGGUGUCAUCCGAGACCACCUCCGUCCCUACACCGUAUGCCUGUUCCUGGACCAGUACGGAAACUACGUCCUGCAAGGCUGCCUCCGGUUCGGUGCCCCGUACACUGAUUUCAUCUUCGAGACCAUGAUGAGUCGCAUGUGGCAGAUUUCUCAGGGUCGAUUUGGAUCCCGCGGUAUGCGGGCUUGCUUGGAGAGUCACCAUGCCACCAAGGACCAGCAGAGACUGCUAGCUGCAGCGAUCGCACUCCACAGCGUGCAGCUGGCUACUAACCACAAUGCGGCAUUGCUUCUCACAUGGUUCCUGGACACCUGUACUUUCCCACACCGUAGGACGGUGUUGGCGCCUCAACUCGUCCCGUACCUGGUCACCCUCUGCACCCAGAAGGUCGCAUACUUGACUGUUCUCAAGGUCAUCAAUCAGAAAGCGGAACCGGAAGCCCGCGACAAGAUUGUACAGGCCAUGUUCUUCAGCCCUAACGACCAGACCCUCGAGGCGAUCCUCAGUGACUCGCAGUGUGGUGCAACUUUGAUUUUCAAGGUCAUAACUACGCCGUUCUUUGAUGAGACCGUCCGGAGCAAGGUGGUCGAGAACGUGAAGUCUGUUCUGUCUCGCAUCAAGGCCCAGCCGGACAAGGGCUACAAGCGCCUGAUGGAUGAAGUUGGGCUGUCAACUCGCAACGGCAAUGGAGCUUCGCGUGGUGACGGAGGAAACCACCAAGAACGACACCGCGGAACUCCGAGGGCCAACAACUCGAACAACCAGCAGCAGCGUGAGCAGGCACAGCAGGCACAGCAGCAGCAGAAGCAGGCACAGCUGCAACAGCAGCAACAACAACAACAGCAGCAGCAGCAGCAGCAGCAACAACAAGCGCAACAAGCUGCGGCUGCCCAGUACAACGCUGCUAACAGCGGCCAGUUCUACAACUCGCUGAAUGCCGCUGGUGGUCCCACCGCAGGCUUCGACGGAGGAUUCAGCAUCCCUCGAAGCGAUAACGUUGAUCCCUCCGGGCAACCCUUCAACUCCUUCCCGUCCCAGGGCCCAAUGACACCUGCCAUGAAUUUCCAGCAGAUGCAGUACCAGCAGAGCAUGAUGCGCGGGACCCCACCGAUGGGUGGAUACUACCCCAUGCAGACCGGUGGCCUUCCUUUCCCGAGCGCCAGCCCAUCUGUUGAUCAGUACCGUGGUAGCCCUGUUCCUCAGCCUGGCAUGCCGGCUCCCAACCAGAGCCCCUAUGCCGCCCCAGGUUUCCCGAUGCCGAUGUCUAUGGGAGCAGGAGGAUACGGGUACGGAAUGCCUGGCCCAGGGUUUAAUGUGCCCGACGGUGGCAUGAACGGCAAUGUACCGGGCCGUCGAGGAGGCCGCGUGGGCCGCCAGGGCCGCAACAACACUGCGAGCCCCAGGCCUUACUGAUGAGUGGCAUCAUUCCGACUUGUCCCUAACACAGCUCGAUAAGAAGAGCGAUUGCUCGAACCAAGACUGAUGAUGUUUCCUUCUGCCCACGGAAGGCCUUGAGUUCUUUCUUCACUGCAUGGCAGGCGCAGGUGAUUAGCGCAGAGAAAACCAAAAUUUGACGUGGGGACUUUUUGAUGAAUUGCUUGUACGGAUUGCUUGUACGGAUAAGGAGUUUAUGGUUCUGACGCGGCGUUUCAACCUUCUUUUUUUUCCAACAAAAACUUGCCGCUUCCAUCGUCUCGGCGACAAGCAGCCGCCGAGACCUUCGAUUCGGCGGGGGAGGAGAGGAGGAGAAAGCCCCCUCUUUUUUCUUGUUCAUGAUUUUCGACACGCUCGCUUAUCAGACGGACUUUUUGGCACACGGGAGGGUAUAUAGAGCAUUCUCGCGGCUGGACCCACAGAGAGGAAAAAAUUCGACCAUAGGAACGAAGCGCUUUUUUUUCUUCUAAGUAUUGUUACUACUUCGACGGACUUCUGUGUAUGUGUGUCUCAGCCGGGUGGCGACUUUCCAUCUUCAUCAUCAGUAUGUGAAUUGGAGAGAAAGAGGAAGGGGAGGGAAGGUGCUCCUAUAUUGAACUCUGGCGUUCCUUUCUCCUGCUCGACCUCGACGGAUCAGAACGAGACAAGAAAAGUUCUCCUUUCUUUCGGCUCUUGAGCUGCUCCGGUGGUCACGCACACGAAGCGACAGAGCACGCACGCCAUCAUCGACUUGUUGCUGGUGGGGAGUUUGCCCGGCGAGCCAAGGUGCUGGUGGGGUUUUUUUGUAUCUCCGGAGGAGGGCAGGGCGCCUGGCACCCACCUAUCGAUUUAAGCGGCUUCGCUUCUUGUAGAAAGCCUCUUUUCUUACCUUUAUCCCUUCAUUAUACUUCUUAUUCCAAUGUCACAACACUUGAUGCGGUUAGUUCUAGGCGGGGAUGAGGGGCGAGAGCGAGACGCGAAUGAGGGGCUGGGAAGCUCGGAAUGUCGGGCCAGGCGGGCGAGGUCAUCAUCGCCUCCCUCGGCCGGACAGUGGCAGGGGGGCUAUCCGCGCGUGAGAUGAUGACUUGGGAGAGCUGGCAGGGGCGGAUAGGGGCGGGUGGUGGUGAGAUGGAAUGGGAGAGCGCGGGCUGGGUGGUAGAAUGAAUGAAUGGGUGUGGGGCAUCAUUAUAUUCAUUGUGUUAUUUUUAUAGCCUUUUUGUAGAGCGCGGUCCCUAGGUCAUAUUAAAUUCAAAGAGCAUUAUAUAUAUCUAAAG